AAAAUUCUUGCAUUUCGUGAAUCUGAGUCUUCUCCCAUUUUGAUCGAGCUAUCGUCCCCAUGAAUCAGACAAUUUUGCACAAGUAUUCAAUUGAUUAAUAUGUAUCCUCUCCCUAUACGCCAUGGCGCAAUACCACAGCUGGCCAAUGUUUACGCCGCUGACAUUUCUGAUAAACAAAUGUCAAUCUUGGUACUUUUAGCGCAGUUGUGGUUGGGAGAAAUAAACGAAAUAUUGACUUGCUCUAGUUUAUGAUUGUAUUCUAACAAAAAUUUUGCGUUUAGAUGUCCGCAAGACAUGAAUUUGUGAAAUUCCAUGAAAAUUCACGAGUGCUAGCAUCUCCCACUUCAUAAAAAUGACCUGCAUCAAAGAAACUCAUCACACAACCGCCGGAAAGCCGCUCCUCUUGGAAAUUGCAGAACUAAACCCUGACAACAUUCUAGUGACAAUCACAAAUCAAUCGUAUUGGGAAGACAAACUAUCCUAUUUUAAGUAUACAUUACUUCUCUCCGGGAUCUACGCAUUUUAUAAAUUAACUAUUGCCACGAAGUUGCUCAUCGAUGUGUGUUUACUUGGCGCGUUAUUGUUGGUGAUCUAUUUUCUCUUCAAUGUCGUGCAGUUUGAGUCAUUAACCUUCAUCAAUGAAUUCGGGGUACAGACAUCAACAAGGUACUUUCUCGGGCUGAAGUCGAGCAUGUUCAUCCCCACGAGCGAUAUUCAUGAUGUUGUGAUUAAUGAAGUCAUUUGUGAUCUCAAAGUCAUUUAUUUUCUCAUAAUUCGUACAAAAGGCAGGCUUUAUAAAACAAAACCAAUCAUUCCACUUUUUGACGGUUUGCGACCAAGUAUCGACUGUCUGGAGCCAAUCUACAAAGUCCUCUAUAAGAAGUUCGAUACCGAGUGACUCGUAAUUUACUUUCUGUAGUAUUUGAGACAUUUAGCUAAAUUAUUGAUACGUUCGUUCAACGCUGGAAACUGUAAAUAAAUCUUUUAUCAUCCA